AUGUUAAGGUUGAUCUCAAGCUUGAGCAGAUAGCAACAGAAUUUGAUUGUUUUAAAAGGGAAAAAACUCGAGAAAGUAGCUGCUUUAUUUACUUCUAAGUAAGAUAUUGAGGAAGAAGAAGAUGAAGAAGUUAAGAAACCCGUUCGUCCUAAAAAAUUCAAGAAAGAUGAUGAAGGAGAAGUUGAUGAAGAUUUAGAAAAAUCUGAAUUGAAUGAAGAAGGGGAAGAACAUGGAGAUUCUAAAAGAAGAGCAAAUAAAAAGACUUUCGUUAGAGAAACAUAUAGCAAGCAAAUUCGUACAUCUUAAGAAGGCUUUGAAGAUUAUAAGCCUAUCCCAUUCGGUGUCAAUGUUGAAGACUCCGUCGAAUAUUAUAAUAAGUAACUAGAAAGUCUUGAGAAACACAUGCCUCUCAAUAUAUUUUCUUGUUUAAAUUUGACUGAAUAGCAAGAAAAAGCCAUGAGAUAUUUAUUGCAAGACGAUGAAUAAAGAAAUAUUAGAGGUAAGAUGAGUUCUUAUUUCAAGAAAAUCCAAGAAAGCGGAAUAAAUGAAGAAAUUGUCUAAAGUAUUGAAGAGCUCGUUUAAGCUGCUAAUUAUAAGGAAUAAACAUUCUUCAUUCAUGAAAAAGACUUAAAGACUUUAAUUUUUACUAAGGAGCUCCUCAAGGUCAUACCUUAAUUCUACAACAAAAAAUACUUCUAGGCUAACUAAAAUGUUCUCAUGCAAUAAGAUGUUGUUUAAAUUUUCAAGAAGUGCAAAUAGGAUCCUGACUUCUACCCUCUUUUUGAGUUAUUAAAAUAUCACAAGAACUUUUUCGUUAAAAACAGCAACUUUACCCAAAAAUUCACUUCUGCAGAUAAGGAAAUAGUUUCUCAAUUCAUCUACGAUAUCCGUGCUGAAUAAAACACAAAGCUUAACUAUCUCCUAGUCUUUUUUGCUGCUCAUAACCUCGUUCGUCUUAAUAUUUCUAGUUUAUUAGAAGCUGGCGAAAUAAGCAAGCAUUUCUCAAGAAUUCACUUUGGUCAUUUGAAUGAGAAAUCCAAAUAAGACUUUUCAAGCAGACUUCACGAAUUACUCAAUUUGAAGAUUAAAUUAGGAAUAAGCACUUCAUUAUAACACUAUUUAUGUGAUAACUUCUUCAGCUUUGAGAAUUACGAUUUGGCCUUAACAAGUAUUUCAUAUCAUAUUUUGAUCCUCGCUCGUUUAGCUGAAAAUCAUACCAAUAUGAAUGAUCUUUUCUAAUAAUACAUUUAAACAUUCAGCUAACACAAAUUCGACUACUAUAUUAAGGAAAAUUUACCUCAAAUUCUUUAAACAUUGCAAAACAAAACUUACUAUAACAACUUACAAGAAGCCUUAAAAUUAUUUAACAACAAUAAUAAAUAAAACUCUCAUUCUAAUGCUUCACCUUAUCAAAAGAUUGACUUCUAACGUCUCACUUACUUUGAUUCAGCUUUUGCUGUCAAGAAUGGUGUUAUUUGUUUCAAUUAUGAUUUAGUUAACUAAACUGAAAAUAUUCCUUACCGUUACGAAUCAGGUAAUGUACUUAAUGUCGAAAAGUAGAGCUUCUCUAACAGUAAAUUAGUCUAAUUCUAAGAUACUUACUUAACAAACUAAAGAGAAGCUAUUGUUGAAAAUUUAUUAAAGGAAUCCAUCUUCAACAAUGAUAUUGCUAUCGCCACCAAAAAGAAACAAAAGGAAUUAGAAGAAUUGAAAAAGACUAAUCCUAAUGCCUACUACAACUAAAUGUUCUCUUUUAUUUACAAUACUCUUGAUGAAGCCUAUAAAAAUGAAGAACCUUCUGUCAGAAAUUAUUUCAAAAGCAGAAAUAUCAACAUACCAUCUGCUUCCACCUUUAAUGUUUCCAAAUAUAGUUUCUCCACUUCUUCAGAAAACAAAAAAAUCGAUGACCUCCAAGAUGAUACUGAUUAAUUAAACACCUAAGCUCAAGUUUAAACUGAAGUCAAGCAAUCUAAAGCCUUUUCUGAUUUUAUGGCUAAAGUUAGAGAAAUCGACAGAGCUGCUGAAAAAAGCAACCCCUUCGUUACCAAGGAAGAUAUCAUGAAAAUGAAGAAUUUGUAAAGUGACGAAAACCAAGCCCAAGCAAACCAAACAGUUAAUCCAGCUUAAGAAGCUAAAAAAGAAGUUAAAGAAGUUCCCUCUGUUUUCACUAAAGGCCAAAACUAAUAAUUCUUUGCAGACUUCUUUGGCAAUCUUACCAACCUUGAUGAAGGUAUUUUGAGAUUAGAAAAAGAACUUUACGACCAAAGAUCUAGUUUUGAUUCCAUCAUUAAUGGUCUUACUGUCAUGCCCAAGGAUUUCGUUCAUGAAUAUCCUGAAGGAAAGUAUUUGCUUUAUAAGGCAUUCACUACUCCUUAGUUGUACAAGAAACACAGCAACCUUGAAAAUUUGAUCUCUAAGGAAGAUUUCAGUGACAACAGAACCUUAAUUAACUUAAAAACUCUUCGUUUAGGUGAUCUAUAACGUGAUUACAAAUAAUAUUUAGAAGAAACUGUAUUUGGAAGAGCUCUUGAAUAUAUCGGAUACAACUCUCUCCUUGAAGUAUGCAGUGUACACUACAAGAGAAGAUUCUUCAAGAAGAUUUUAACUCAUAUUGUAACUUAUCGUGCUAAGUUAGACAAGUCAACUUUAGAUUUAAUAGUUAAGAUCUGUAGAGAAUAAAAGCUCGGAUUAACUUUAUUCGAAUUCACUUAUCUUUUAGUUAAUGAUCCUAACUCCAAAAUCACUCAAUAAUAAUUCGUUUAAUUAUUAAAUAACCUCAAGACUUUCGAAGAAGUUCACGAAGACAUUGAAACUUUAGUCAGAGUUUAUUUGAACUCUAACAUUAACAGAAAAUUCGAAAACAAGAUUAUUGAAAGCUAUAUCAAUUCUCUUAUCCGUAUCAAGAAUAUUAACAAGUUAAUGUCUAUGCUUGAAAGAUUUAGAGAUUUCUUCCUUGCCAGAAAAAUUAAUUAUGACGAAAAACUCAGCUCAGAAGCAAACACAUAACUUUCUGACAAAUUCAAAUAAGAAUAAAGAGAUAUUAUUUAAUCACUCUUUAGAUUGUACAUGUAAAAACUCACUUCCACAGGAUUGAAUCACUAUGCUCGUCCUCUUUUCAACGAACUUACUAAUAUGAAAUAUUCCCUAAACGAAUAAGAUUACAUUCAAGGUUUUAAGAGUAUGGAUGACAACCCUGAAGAUAUUGUUUAACUAUACGACUAACUCAUUGAUUAAAAAGUUGAAUUUGGAGUUGAAUUAAUUAAAUGCUUGCUUGAAAUUUUCAAGAAACAUCCUAAACCUCUUGCUUAAUUAACAAUUAGAAUUCUCAAUGAACAAAUUUAUAAUGAUAAAAUUAACAUCGAUGUUCAAGAAGUUAACGAUUUUGCUGCUCUUUUUGCUAGAAACGAAACUCCAUCUGAUUACUCUGACCUCCUUAAAUAUUUGCUUAAAAACCCUGCUAAAGUCAAUGAUUACACCAAAUUAACUUCUUACAGAAUUGUUAACAGCAUCUCUGAAGAAAUGUUAAAGUCUUUCAUGAAGGGAUAAGUAGAAACUUUGUUCUCCUCUUAAAAGCAAGAAUAAAUCAGACAAUAGCUCUUAUAAGAUAAAAUCAAAAAGAGAAACACUAAAAAACCCGUAGAAAUGACCAAUUAGCAAUAUCAAGUUAACCAAAAACCAUAAAAGCAAUAAUAAGGUAAAUAAACAGAAUAAAAGCCCACAGAAACCGUAGCUGCUGCUGAUGUUGCCACUCCUGAAGAUGGUGCUAAGGGCAAAGGAAAGAAAGGAACUAAAACCAAUGAAGUUAAAGAGCAACAAUAGCAAUAAGAACAAUAGGAAGAAAAGGUUGAAACCUUAAAUGAAGAAGAUGUUGCAGAAAAAAUCAUUGAAAACUUGACUGAUGUAAAAAUUAUCGAAAAAGAUUCUAAGAGAAAAGUUUUAAAAAAGACUGGUGUCCAUAAAUUUAAAGAUAUUGAUAGUUACAUAAAGGAAACUAGAAGCUCUAGGGAUAAAAAGUGA